CCUUCCCCGCCGGGCCGGGACCGCACCGGGGCCACCAUGGCUUCCAUCGGCAACUUCUUCCGACGGAGCCUGAGGCGCUCGGUCCGCAGAGAAGGAAAAGAGGAGGAUGGAAAGAAGGAAAACAACCCCUCACGGGUGCCGCAGGGGAAAGCAGGAGAGCGGAGCUCGGUCCUCUAUUCCGCUGGACAGUUUUUCUUUGAGUACCUGGUGGUGGUGUCGCUGAAGCCGGUGACAGAUGGACGUUAUGAACCCAAGAUAAGCUACCAGUUCCCAAAGCGCGAGAACUUGCUGAAGGGCCAGAAGGAGGAGGAGGAACGUCUCUUGAAAGCCAUCCCCCUCUUCUGCUUCCCCGAUGGCAACAACUGGGCCCCCGUCACUGAGUUCACCAGUGAAACCUUUUCUUUCGUCCUGACCAAUGUGGACGGCAGCAGGAAGAUCGGCUACUGCAGGCGGCUGCUGCCAUCUGGCCGUGGUGCCCGCCUCCCCGAGGUCUUCUGCAUCAUCAGCUGCCUGGGCUGCUUCGGGCUCUUCUCCAAGAUCCUGGACGAGGUGGAGAAGAGGCGCCAGAUCUCCAUGGCGGUGAUUUACCCCUUCAUGCAGGGCCUUCGGGAAUCGCCCUUCCCAGCUCCAGGGAAAACUGUCACCAUUAAAAGCUUCAUCCCCGAGUCGGGCACGGAGCUCAUCGAGCUGACGCGGCCCGUGGACGCCCACCUGGAGCACGUGGAGUUUCAGGCUCUGCUGCAGCGGCUCAGCCCCAACCUCAUCCUCCACAUCUUCGCCUCCGCCGUCUUGGAGCGGCGGCUCAUUUUCCUGGCAGAGGAGCUGAGCGUCCUGUCGCAGUGCAUCCACGCGGUGGCUGCUCUCCUCUACCCCUUCACCUGGGCUCACACCUACAUCCCCGUGGUCCCUGAAUGCCUGCUCGACACCGUCUGCUGCCCCACGCCCUUCAUGGUUGGCAUCCAGAUGCGGUACCUGGAGCGGGUCCUGGACCAGCCGAUGGAGGAGGCUCUGAUGGUUGACCUCUGCAAAGGGAAGAUCAUCCGGACGGUGGGCGAUGAGGAGGAGAUCUUGCCCAUCAAGCUGCAGAACGAGAUCCUGACGUCUCUGAACAGGCACAACAACAACAACAACGUGCACACAUCCGAGCAGGUGAACACGCUGGUCUCCGAUGCCUUCGUGCAAUUCUUCGUCCGAAUAGUUGGCCACUACUCCUCACACAUCAAAUGGAGCAAAAACGGCUCAGGCACCUUCCAGGAGCGAGCCUUCUGCAAAGCCAUCGCCUCCAAGACCAACCGCAAGUUCGUGAAGAAGUUUGUGAAGACGAACAUGUUUACCCUAUUUAUUGAGGAAGCAGAAAAGAGCAGGAUCCCACAGGAAGCCUAUUUCCAGCGGAAAAUAACAGAGUACCAUGAACAGAAGAAGCACCGAAGGGACUCCUGAAGCCCAGCCUGAGAAGGGGGCAGCAGGUCUGGGACCUGGCAGGACCCCAUUGGCAGCACCACGCUGCGCACACCCCUGUGCCCCAUCCGAGGGCAGAGCUCCCUGGACUCUGCUGGAUCUGCCCGACGGUUCCUACCCCUCACCAGAUGUCUGGGCAGCACCCAACGCCGGUUUCUGCCAUUUAUUUGUUCCUCAGGGUGUCAUUGCACUGGAAAACUCUUCUGCAAGGAGUUUCACAGCAAAACGGCUGCGGUUUCUUUGCUGGUCUCGCAGGAGGGACAAACUGUGGGUCCCGGGCCUUUGUCCCCAGCAGGGGCUCAGGCAGCGAGGGAGGGAGGGUGAGGAGCUGGCACAGGACAAGAAAAGGGUGUAGAGUAAUUGUUAGAGGGGGGAAAAAAAAAAAAAAGAGAGAUAUGAGUAGGAAAUAGUGUUAUUUGUAAUUAAAACAAAGCUAGGUUUAGCAAAUAAGUGACGUCCUAUUGAAUAAGUUUUCCGAGGUUUCUAUUAUUAACAACUGUUUCUCUUUAUUUUCUAUCAAGAUACGCUCAUUGUUAAACACCAGCAGGAACAGUUGUGGUGGACUUUAGUGGUUUCCUCUACAGCAGCUGUCUGCCCCGUUGGUACUAAUUAGAGGCAGGUUCAGCUCUUUAAGGAAACAAAAAUACUCUUUUCCAACAGGUUAUUUAUUUGUGCUGUAAGCAAACUGUGAAGGCCACAGGGCUGCUUUUUGUAGUAGAGAGAAAUGGCUGAUCCACAGCUUUGGGGCGGGAGGAAGUAUUUGUUAAAUCCAGUAGAAAAACAUGUCGACAUCCUCCUCG